CCGUCUGCGCCCGCCGGGGCUCCACGGUGGUAAAACAAAAAAAAAAGGAGGGUGUAAGAGCAACAUAGUAAGAGACAUUUCCUCAAAUGUGCAUCAAGAUGGAAACCUUUUGCCUCAGGCUGUCCUUUUGGGUGGCGCUGGUUGGAUGUGUAAUCGGUGAUAAUCCUGAGAGCUACAGCACCAAUCUCAGUACGCACGUGGACGAUUUCACCACUUUUCGUGGGACAGAACUCAGCUUCGUGGUCACCACUCAUCGACCCACAAAUCUGGCCCUCCCUAGCAACAGUUCCAUGCACAACUAUUGCCCACAGCAGACUAAGAUUACUUCCGCUUUCAAAUACAUUAACACUGUGAUAUCAUGUACUAUUUUCAUCGUGGGAAUGGUGGGGAAUGCGACCCUGCUCAGGAUCAUUUACCAGAACAAGUGUAUGAGGAAUGGCCCCAACGCGCUGAUAGCCAGCCUUGCCCUUGGAGACCUUAUCUAUGUGGUCAUUGAUCUCCCUAUCAAUGUAUUUAAGCUGCUGGCUGGCCGCUGGCCUUUUGAUCACAAUGACUUUGGCGUAUUUCUCUGCAAGUUGUUCCCCUUUUUGCAGAAGUCCUCAGUGGGGAUCACCGUCCUCAACCUCUGUGCGCUCAGCGUUGACAGGUACAGAGCAGUUGCCUCCUGGAGUCGUGUUCAGGGCAUUGGGAUUCCCUUGGUCACAGCCAUCGAGAUUGUCUCCAUCUGGAUCCUUUCUUUUAUCCUGGCCAUCCCUGAAGCAAUCGGCUUCGUCAUGGUGCCCUUUGAGUACAAGGGUGAACAGCACAAAACCUGUAUGCUCAAUGCCACAUCAAAAUUCAUGGAGUUCUACCAAGAUGUAAAAGAUUGGUGGCUCUUCGGGUUCUACUUCUGCAUGCCCCUGGUGUGCACUGCAAUCUUCUACACCCUCAUGACUUGUGAGAUGCUAAACAGGAGGAACGGCAGCCUGAGAAUUGCCCUCAGUGAACAUCUGAAACAGCGUCGAGAAGUGGCAAAAACAGUGUUCUGCUUGGUUGUGAUUUUCGCUCUGUGCUGGUUUCCUCUUCAUUUAAGUCGUAUUUUGAAGAAAACCGUGUAUGAUGAGAUGGACAAGAACCGAUGUGAAUUACUUAGUUUCUUGCUGCUCAUGGAUUACAUCGGUAUUAACCUCGCAACCAUGAAUUCAUGUAUAAAUCCAAUAGCUCUUUAUUUUGUGAGCAAGAAAUUUAAAAAUUGUUUCCAGUCUUGCCUCUGCUGCUGCUGUUACCAGUCCAAAAGUCUGAUGACCUCGGUCCCCAUGAACGGAACAAGCAUCCAAUGGAAGAACCACGAACAAAACAAUCAUAACACAGAGAGGAGCAGCCACAAGGACAGUAUCAACUGAAUACCUUAAGGAACAUUAAUCAAUAUUCCUUCAAAUCCAAUGGAAGGAAAAAAGACAAAUCACACAGACAGCAACUGCAUCUCCAGAAAUCUCAUCUUCCAUCCUUCUCCCAUGACUCAGUCCCACCCACCGAAAAAACACUUUCCAAAACAUUGAAGGGUUGACUGGUUUAUACCCACAAAUUCAACAAAUCUUACUUCUUUAAUUUAUCUAAUCUACGUAUUUUGCAUGUUAUAUUCAGCCCUAAAAGAUGGUGGGAGUUGUCAGGGGGAAAGGAGAUUGUUCAGCUACACCAGAAGGAUAUCUACUACCUUCGCAUGGAAAUAGAGUUUUUGAGUACAUGGCCAGAUUUCAUGGCCAUUCUGUAGAAUAUUCAAUAAGAACUGGUCACCAGGAAAAGUUUAGAGAUUAUGACAAGGUUUUCUAUUUUUAAAGGAAUUUUUUUUUUGGCCAAAUACAGUAUGGAUUUAAGUCACCUUUAUUUGAAAUGUCAUUCAGUGCCAGUAGUUUUUAACUGCAUAGAAGCCUAAAAAUGAUUAUUUGAGAUAUUUACACAUAUUUUGCCCCCCAAAAAAGGAAGAGGUAAAACAGACUUCAGGUGAGCAAUUAGGUUAAUGUUUUUUGUAUCACUGGCUUAUUUUUAAAACAUAAAUUCUCAAGCUACAACAAAUACAGGAACUUAAGGCACAGACUGAUAUCCACAUGUGGCAGUUUGAUAGCAGCUAUGCAAAGAAUUUUUAAGAACCUACGUUUUCUUUUUUUUAAUGGUGUUUCAUUAUUGGAGAUCUUGUGCAUAUUUUUAUGUUAAAUUUCAAAAUAAUGUUUGAAUCAAAUAGUUCUAUUUUUCAUAAGCCCAAUUUUUUAAUGAAAAAAUUUUAUGUAAAAUCAAUACCAUGUACUAAAACGUUAAUGUAUGUGUCAUUUAACUAUGCUUAAGACUUUCAGCGCAAUGCAUUGAAGUCUAAAGCACACCUAGGAGAGAAGGAGUUAGUAGUCUUAGAAGGUUUGGACAUUUUCAUCGAGAUUUUUUUUUGAUAAUGGUAACAUGUGUAUGUGUGUAUACAUACCUAUGUACGUGUAUACAUGUCACCUGACGGGCUCUUGAUUGCUCUUAAAAUGUUAACCGACAGUAAGACUUUUUUCGCCAUUUUCUUUUCCACAUAGGAGUAUACAAAACAUAAUUUCAAAGCAGCCAGCUGAGUUUAUCAUGUCAGUGAAAUAUAAUUACCCCCAAGUGACACCAUGAACUGAAGGUUCCUGAACGCCCUGGGUUUCCAGUAUGAAGCUAAACACCUCCCCUGCCCCCUCUCCACACGAGUAUCAUUUCAAAAGGCCCACAGUGACUUCUGCUGGGCAUUUCCCACAAUGUUUACAGACUGUGAGUACAGCAGAAAACCUUUUACUGUGUGUAUAUAAAUAUAUAUGUAAACAACUGUCCAUUUCUUUUAGCCAGUUUUUCUGUGACUGUUUCUAUGGAAUGUAUUUGUGUGUGUGAUGUAUGCAUGUUGUGGGAUACUGUGCAUGGACUUUGUGUAAUCUCAUAGUCAUGCCCUGUAGUUGUGCCAAAGCACACACUCUGAGUGGAAUCUCGGUGGUUGUUCAUCACAACCAGCCUCAGUCAGUUUUAAUCUAUCUGAGUUCCUCAGUCUUGUGACCAUGUUACCAUUACAAAUGGAAUGUGGGAGGCAACAUGAAAAAGGACAAGCCAUGGGGUGACAAUGGGGUUUUGUUUGUUUGGUUCGUUGGUUGGUUGGUUGGAUGGUUGGUUUGAAAAAAGCAAUCUUUGGAGUUGUAUUUUUUUUUCCUGUGCUGGAACAAAGGUCAUUAAACUUUGAAGCAUUACAUUGGCCCAAUCCUCAACUCAACGUGGUGAUAAGGUUGACAAGUGGGCAGAUGUUUCUACUGGACUUCAUCAGAAAGAUGACUGAUGAUAAGGUAGCUAAACUGACUCCUUGGGCUAUAGUCUAGUGCAGUCAUGUAUGAAAUGAUGUCAGGUUCCAGCGAUCCAAUUGCAGGGCCCCUUUAUGUGUUAGCAGUCAAAUCUCAUUACUCCACUGGUGCAUCACAUGCAGUGAUAUAUAUCUGUAAUAUAAGCCAUAGGUUCACACCAUUUUGUCUAGACAAUUGUCUUUUUUUUCAGAUGCUUUGUCUCUUGCAUAUGAAAAAAUGCAUUUUACAAGUUCAGAAAGUCAUAGAUUUCUGAAUAACCGUACAGGCUUCCAUGUGCAUUUUAUUUAUGGACCAGUAAGUAAUCAUGGUUUACUAGUAGGAAUAGUUCCAAUUUCUACCUUUAUCACAUUUUUCCAAGUAAAUCUGUAGAAAUGAGCCAGAAGCCAAGGCCCUGCAUUGGCAGUGGCCCACAAGUAUAAAAUAAAAGUUUACAGAAGCCUU